GGCACAGUUCAAACUUAGCAAGUAUGGAAACACCUAAAAAGAAUGUCUUCGUGAGCUCCCAAUCAGUUAUUAGUAUUCAAGAGCUCCAGCAAGAGCCAAUGAAAACACUCCCACAAAACUAUGUUCUCUCAAAACAAGAACCUCCUACCCCACUCCCACAUGCCAAUCAACUCUUACCAACCAUUGACAUGAAUCGAUUUGCUUCCAUGGAGGAAUUCCAUCUCGAACUACACAAGUUGCAUUCUGCUUGCCAACACUGGGGUUUCUUUCAGUUGGUGAACCAUGGCGUAAGCACUGCGCUGCUGGAAAAGCUGAAACAUGAGAUGGAAGGAUUUUUUAAGCUUCCUUUGGAAGAGAAAAUGAAGUACAAGAUAAGGACAGGGGAGGUUGAAGGGUAUGGUUCCGUAGCCAGACCUGGAACCAUACCCGAAGGAAAGCUUGACUGGGCUGAUAGGUUCUACAUGAUAACUAACCCGGUUCAUAGGAGGAAGCCAUACCUCUUCCCGGAGCUCCCUUCAUCCUUAAGGAGUACGUUGGACACCUACAUGUUGGAAUUGCAAAAUCUUGGUAUGGAACUCUUUGGGUUGAUAGCAAAAGCUCUAAAAAUAGAGGCAAAAGAGAUGAAGGAGAUUUUUGAAGAUGGAAUGCAGUCGGUGAGGUUGACACUCUACCCACCAUGCCCACAGCCAGAGCUAGUGAUCGGAUUUACACCUCAUUCUGACGCCACUGGCAUCACCAUCCUCAAUCAAGUUAAUGGAGUUGAUGGUCUACAAAUCAAAAGGGAUGGAAUAUGGUAUCCCGUUAGCUUUCUCCCAGAUGCCCUUGUAGUCAAUGUAGGAGACAUUCUCGAGAUACUGAGUAAUGGCAUAUACAACAGCAUCGAGCAUAGGGCAGCAGUCAAUUCAGAGAAAGAAAGAAUGUCCAUAGCCUUCUUCAUAAACCCUAAAUUUGAGGCAGAGGUGAGACCUUUACCAAGUCUGAUAAAUCAGCAAAACCCACCAUUAUAUAAAAGAAUGGGGAUGGAGGAAUAUGUUAAAGGGUUCUUCUCCCGUAAACUCGAUGGGAAAACCUACCUAAACCAUAUGAGGGUUGAACCCUAAAUGUGGAGGGUUGAACCCUAAAUGUGGCGGAUUGAACAUGAAGAAGCUACUAUACUCUAAAAUGGCCAUAAUCAUGGAAUCCCAAGUUAAUUAGUAGUAAAAUAAAUGGCCGGUUUGUUCAUACGUAUAUAUGGUAAUAGUAUUGUGUUUGUGUUAUAUAUAUGUCCAGCUUAUGCCAUCUGGGAUGUGUUCUAUACCUUUGCAACAUUAUACAUGAAAAAAAAAAUGAAAAUGGAUUUCUUUU